AUGGCGCCAGUGGAUGAGUUAAUAGAGAGCUUGAAGGUGAUAGAGGCGACGGCCUUGGCGAAUGAGAUCCAGCGACCACGGAUUAAAGACGCGCUUUUUCAAACUCUGAGGGCGGUUCAAUCCCCGUGGGAUAUUGUGUGGGAGCACAACUGGGUUCAAGGGAUUACCCACGCCUGCGUUAAAACCUUCAUCGAUCUUAACCUUUUCAAGACGUGGGCAGAGUGCGGCAACAACGCAAUGACAUGCGCCAGACUAGCCUCCCUCACCGGGGCCGAAGAGCACCUCAUCAGGCGAAUGAUGCGUCAUGUUGCUGCACAACACCUUCUUGUGGAGACGGCCCAAGACACGUUUGCCCCCACGCCUUGGUCCAAGACACUAGGAAUGGACCCUCAAUUGGCGUCCAUAUACGGUCCUUUUUACAGCCAAGACCACAACCCAAUGUACCUGAAUCUGCCCAACUUCCUGAAGGAGAGGGGUUAUCAGAACCCGACUGAUCCUAAUGAUGGGAACUGGCAGCACUGGAAGGGUGCUACAAAUGACUUUUUUAAGGACCUUUCAAUCAACCACGAGUUGGCCCGUGGGUUUCAUGAUACCAUGGAGUGUCUCUCCAGAUACGGUGCCCUGCCCUGGCCCGAUAUAUACCCUACCGAGACCAUUAUCGCUGCGGCAAAGCCUGGCCGAGUUCUUAUCGUCGAUAUAGGCGGUAGUAAGGGCCAUGAUCUAGAAAAGUUCCGAAUGCGACACCCGGAUACUCCAACUGGCAGCCUCGUCCUCCAGGAUCUGCCAGAUGUUGUUCAAGCUGCGAAGGUGGACAAGGCAAUCGUGGUCCAAGCUCAUGACUUCUUCAUGCCAGAGCCUGUGAAGGGUGCUCGGGCAUAUUUUCUGCAUCACAUAUUGCACGAUUGGCCGGACGCCAUUGCGACUGGGAUCCUUCAGAACGUCGCCGGCGCCAUGGAAAGCGGAUACUCCAGGCUGCUUCUUUAUGAAAAUAUUAUUACGAACGUCAAAGCUGCGUCACGUGUGACGACACUUGACCUGACAAUGAUGGCAUGCCACUCGAGCAAGGAGAGGUCGCAUGAUGAGUGGCGCGAACUCAUUGAGAGCGCUGGACUAAGAAUCAUGAAAGUCUGGAGAUCUCCCCUGUCGGAUAAAGGGAUUAUUGAGGUUGAGCUGGCAUGA